AAGAUAUGAUAAUAUCUGACCAAAUUGUGGAACAAAUCUCGAUACAGCAACGCUCAUCAGAGAGAACAACCGGUUUCGAAGCUGGAGAAACAAGUUACACAAGCUUCCAGGAAAGCGACAGUAAGGGUGAUACCGUAGAGUUUUUCUCACUACAUGGAAGGCCAGUGGUUGAUAUAUGAUUUAUCUUCCAACAAACCGCAGAUAUUCCCAAACACCCGCGAUUUGAUUGCUCGUUUGCGGAUACAUAACCCACCAAUGAGCAUUGAAGUCCAGGAUCAAAUUCGUUUAUCGAUUGUGCAACAUGGAGAAAACUAUUGAUUUGUUGAAAGAGUGUAUCGAUGUCACAAAUAUCAACG